ACAUAUAAUCCAUCCAAUCCCCUUAAUCGUCACUAAAGCCGAUUCCGCCGACGAAUAGCAACCAUGGUUUAUACUCUUAGCGUCCACCUCUACUGCAACGAGGACCCCCAGUCUAUCCCCCGCCUCAAGGCGAAGCUUGUCGAAGCUGCUCGGAUCUACCGCAAGGAUCGCGAGACAAUUGAUUGGCUUGUUAUGCAAGACGUUCAUGACCCUCGGGCAUUUACUAUCGUUGAGCGAUUCGAGAACGAGGCUAGCCAGAAAUACCACCUCGAAAACCCAUACUGGCUCACCUUUGAUCCCUAUGUCAUCCCCCUCCUCUCCAAGCCUAUGGACCUGCGCCGCCACGAGGAGCUCGAUACGAGCAAGGAUGUUGAGGUACCACUAUGAUUGGAGUUUUUGGUGAGAUGGCAACGAGGCUGUAUCGACUGCUGAACUCUGGCUAGCUGUAUAUGAUUACAUGAGUAUGAGGGUU